CAAAUGGCAAGCCACUUUUUUAAAACCUUUGUAGUGUGUACUUUUCUUUUUAUGUGCAACAAGUGAACUUUUAAUCUGAUAUAAAUAUGCAAUCAUUGAGAGAGAAACUAGAUGCAUGCCUACACAUGCUAGAUUGUGGUGGAUCCACUAAUAACGGCGAUAUAAAUUGGCUUAACAACUUCUGUGCAAAAUUUUUGGGUUUUGUGAGUACGCUGCAAAAGUGCUUAAGCAACCAGCUAGAACAUGAUUGUCUGGAAAUAAUUUGCCUAUGCUUAACGCAAAUUUUAAUAUGUAUUCGGCACUUGGAGUACACAAUCCAAACCGAAGCAGCAAGUGGCAUAAGGAUUCAGGCUAGCCAUCACCAUUUUACUGACCGCAUCUCGGUUUGCCUUAAAAGACUGUGCGUGUGUCUGCUGCCUUCGACAGGACCUUCAGAGAACAGCGCUACAGAAGGCGUCUCAUUUCUGAAACUACUGGAUUCUGUGUUAGAUUCCCUCUCAGAGUUCACCAGCGAGAAUGUAGACAGAAGUCUCGUUAUAGAUUCACCGGCAAACGUGCUAGCCCUAAGCAAGCAAAUAAAGUGCCACAUAGAUUUACUUCUUGGCCAAACAUUGUCCUUUGCCAAUGUGGCAUUGCAACAGGAUAAGAAGGCGUUGAGUGCGCUUUGUCAGAAGGUCAUGCGCGAUUGCAGUGCCUUCCAAGAGGAAUGCCAACUGACAGCCACCAACUAUUCCAUGCAAAAACUUAAAGCCAUGAGCUUAGAGCAGGCAGUUUGCCAACUGGAGGACCACGUAAAUGAGUCCCUAUUGCGUUUGGUAUACACCUGUUUUCUGGACUUUCAAAGAAUUUCAGUCGAUAAAAUACGCAAUAUAUUGCGUAACUCAAACACUGCGGAUACCGAUGCCACUGCUGAUGAAUUCAUAGCCGAUUUCGAUGUAAAUUUGGAUCGCGCAACACAAAUUGGCAUUUUUGCAAUUGCCUUUGCGCCAAACUUAAAAAUUAAAACCAUUGUACGCAGCUGUCUCGCCUCAUUUGAAUAUUUGGAUACCAGUUUAAUACCAUCGCUGCAGUCGAAUGCCUCAGACUUGCACUCAGAACUCUUGGAACAGCACUUUAAGGAGGAAAUGUCUAAAUUUAAGCAGUCACUGCAAGAGAUUAUGGAUAGCCGCGCUUUUGUCGGCUGCUAUUUGCAAAUUCUUACAACUGGCCUUAAUGCGGCUGAGAAAAAGUUUGACAAAAGUCAACUGGAAGACUUGGUCCAAAUGGGCUUUUCAAUACUCGAACAUUUCCAGCUGGAUACUAAUCAAAAGGUUGUCCUACAGCCGGGUCACGAGCACUUGCAAAAUUUCGUGCGAAUCUUGCGGGAAUGCAAAGCCAUACUCAUGUGUGCGUCCCAGGUUCAGCAAGACCGUAUUAUUAAGAGAUUUAAGAUAUUACGCACCAUUUUGCGCAAACUACACAGCCAGAUUACUGGAGAUCAGAAUAAACCUGCUGCAUUUACAGAAAAUAUAAAGCAUACCAUAAUGGAGUAUCCAAAUAACUGCACGGAUGAAGGUAAUCCGAAAGGCAUACUGUGUUCUCCAUCACGCAGUAUACUUUACGCAACUCGCAAGGAUCACAGUAAAGGAAGCAGUUGUACGCUAACAGAUCCAAAUGCUGAACAAAUUCAUUCGGACUGUCUUAAGCCGAAGGCCCACAACUGUCUACGUCGGAAGGACAGUCUUCGCACAACGAUGUUCAAGCGCCAAACUGUUUUUGAGAGUCUCCAACUUCAUACUACCAGCAAUAAUCAAUCCGCCAGUUUAGAAAUCAGUGAAAUACUCAACCAGCUAACAUGCCUAACGUCCAGCUUCAGCAAGAGCCUGCAGGGGAAGUAGGCGAAUUUAAAAAAAAAAACUAUUGUGAAUGCCGACAACACAUUCGCACGCGCUUUAACUCGUAUUCAUAUUCAUACUCGUAUUCGUAGUGGUAGUACGCGGUGUUUUUAU